CCGACGUACAGCUCACGGGAAACGAACCUUCACGGGAAAUACCAAGUUCACGAAAAAGGGGGAGACGAGUAGCACAAGAUUUACACUGCUAUAAUUUACUGCUAGGUGGUUCGCGCCGGCUGCACCGCACAUGGUCCUGCGAGGAAAAACGCUGGAUUGCGAUUAUUAACAUCAGCGGUACGCGUUAAUUGCUCCUUAUCGUCCACAACGACUCCUCGAUGAGAGAUACGGAAGACAUGGACGCAGAGGUUGAGUUUGAUGAAGGCGAAGAGCCUUCGUUCAGUGAUCCGGAGGAUUUCGUGGAUGACAUCAGUGAUCAGGAGCUGCUGGGAGAUAUUCUCAGGGAGAAACCUCAAGAAGCUGAUGGCAUCGACUCUGUCAUUGUCGUUGACAAUGUUCCUCAAGUUGGACCAGACCGUUUGGAGAAACUCAAGAACGUCAUCCACAAGAUCUUCUCAAAAUUCGGCAAAAUAACCAAUGAGUUCUACCCGGAAGCAGAUGGCAAGACCAAGGGGUACAUUUUUCUGGAGUACUCUGUUCCAAGUCACGCACAUGAAGCUGUGAAGAACGCUGACGGCUACAAGUUGGAUAAGCAGCAUACGUUCCGUGUCAACCUGUUCACUGACUUCGACAAGUAUAUGUCAAUUAGUGAUGAAUGGGAGCCUCCUGAGAAACAGCCCUUCAAAGAUUUUGGAAAUCUGCGCCACUGGUUGGAGGACCCUGACUGUCGUGAUCAGUACAGUGUGAUCUACGAUUCUGGUGAAAAAACUGGCAUAUUUUCCAACGAUGUCAAGGAGCCCAUUGAAGUAGAGGAGAGAGCGCGAUGGACAGAAACAUACGUGCGCUGGUCUCCUAAAGGUACCUACCUGGCCACGUUUCAUCAAAGAGGCAUUGCGCUUUGGGGUGGCGAGAAAUUCAAACAGAUUCAGAGGUUCAGCCAUCAAGGGGUCCAGCUGAUUGACUUUUCCCCAUGUGAGAGGUAUGUGGUUACAUUCAGUCCUCUCAUGGACACAAAAGAUGACCCUCAGGCCAUUAUCAUCUGGGAUGUGUUGACUGGUCAAAAGAAGAGAGGUUUCCAUUGUGAGAGUUCUGCCCAUUGGCCAAUCUUCAAGUGGAGUCCAGAUGGGAAAUUCUUUGCUAGAAUGACUCAGGACACUCUCAGCAUCUAUGAAACACCAUCAAUGGGUCUUUUGGAUAAAAAGAGUUUGAAGAUAAAUGGAAUUAAGGAUUUCUCCUGGUCUCCUGGUGAUAACAUCAUUGCGUUCUGGGUGCCAGAAGACAAAGAUAUUCCAGCAAGGGUGACCCUCAUGCAGCUUCCAUCCAGGAAUGAGAUCAGAGUGCGUAAUCUGUUCAAUGUGGUGGACUGCAAGCUUCAUUGGCAGAAGAACGGUGACUAUCUUUGUGUAAAGGUGGACAGGACUCCUAAAGGAACACAGGGAAUUGUCACAAACUUUGAAAUCUUCAGGAUGAGGGAGAAGCAGGUUCCUGUGGAUGUGGUGGAGAUGAAAGAGGGCAUCAUUGCCUUUGCUUGGGAACCUAACGGUAGCAGGUUUGCCGUGCUGCAUGGCGAAUCCCCCAGGAUCAAUGCAUCCUUUUAUCAUGUGAAGAGCAAUGGCAAAAUCGACUUGAUCAAAAUGUUUGACAAACAGCAGGCAAACAGCAUCUUCUGGAGCCCUCAGGGCCAGUUCCUUGUCUUGGCAGGGUUGAGGAGCAUGAAUGGCGCUCUGGCAUUUGUGGAUACCUCUGACUGCACCAUGAUGAACAUUGCUGAGCAUUACAUGGCUUCAGACGUGGAGUGGGAUCCUACAGGCAGAUUUGUGGUGACUUCAGUCUCUUGGUGGAGCCACAAGGUGGACAAUGCCUACUGGCUAUGGACGUUCCAGGGCCGUCUGCUGCAGAAGAACAACAAAGACCGCUUCUGCCAGCUUUUGUGGAGGCCCCGACCACCUUCUCUCCUCUCUCAGGAGCAGAUAAAGGCCAUCAAGAAGGACCUGAAGAAGUACUCCAAGAUCUUUGAGCAGAAGGAUCGACUCAGCCAGUCCAAGGCUUCAAAGGAACUGGUUGACAAGAGGCGCGCAAUGAUGGAGGAUUAUCGCAAGUACCGUGAGGAUGCCAUGAAGAUGUACCAGGAGCAGAGACCCCUCCGCCUUGAGCUCAGAGGAGGUGUGGACACUGACGAACUGGAAAGCAAUGUCGAUGACUGGGAGGAGGAGACCAUUGAGUUUUUCAUCAAUGAAGAAAUCAUUCCAAUCGGCGAUCUGUAGUCCCAAUAGCAGAACAGUUUUAUUUUUGAGGAGUGUGGUUGCAUUGGAGGGAAACAAAAUCGGGCAUCUCUCUCCAGCGUAUUCCUUGUUAACAUCCAGCCAAGUGCCUUUUAAUACUGGUUGCUGUGGAAGGAGAAUUUCGUGCCACUGUUGGCUGGCAUUGCUUUUGCCACCUUAUCCAGCUCUGGGAGCCACCACCCUGCCGCCGUCACCCUGACCAGCACUUGGCGGGUUUUCCCUCUGGUUAUUGCCUUUUGAGUUGAACGUUUACCUCGUCAGAAGGCCAUUACCAUGACCCCGCAUGCCAUGAAUUGUUUUUACAUCACCACAUGGACGGAAGACGCUUUGUUUCUAGAGAUUUUCCUUAAGAUUAACAUGUACUCUAGCGUGCACUACAGUGGGCUGUAUCCUCCUCCAUUCAGAUUACCUGAUAUUAAAUGCACAACAAGGUAAUAAAGUAUAAAAGAAAUUUAA